CUACUCCAGACCAAGUAGAGUUUCUAAAAAAUCUGCACAUCAAGGUGAAUUGGAAACUUGGUCUAGUUCAUAGAUACUGUUAUGAAUUCAUAUAUGGAACAUCUGCAAGCAGAGCAAUGGCUGCACAUGGAAUAGAAUGGAGGAAAAGCACUGGAUUAUCUAGAGCUGAAAAAGAAGUUGUAUUGAGUAACUGGAUUCGCUUUCAAAAGGAAUACAAGUUCUACGACUUGAGACCUUUACUUACUGUGAAAACAUUGCAGUUAGUACGUGAUGGUUCAGAAAUAGAUAUAACAAACUGGCAGUACAUUUCUAGAAGGAACUUCAUAAAUUUUGGGCUUUAUCUCUGCAGGGGAUUACCUGAACGCACUCCUAUUCAGGUUCUAGAAACAAUACGGAAGAUGAUGCCAUACCUAGAUUCAAACAAAUAUGAAAGAAGUCCUAAAUGGAUAACUGCUAGAGAUGUCGCAAAAAUGGAAUAUUUAAUCAAGAGGUUUGGGACUAAUUUUUCUGUAAUGGAAAUUAUCCUUGGGCGUUUCCAUCACAUCAACUUUCUGCAAAGAUUUAGGCAGCAUAUUUGGUUCAAGAAGAUAAAAUUACGAAUUGGGCCGUGGACUGAAGCAGAAAAAAACAGACUGUUGAUAGGAUUGUUUUCAGAAUUGGACAUCAAGUCACUUGAUGAUGUUUUAGAUAUGCGUGCAGUUCCUUGGAAUAGAAUUCUCCCAUAUGUUAGGACACGAAACUAUAUGAACCUAAAGCAGCGUUGCCAUUACAUGAUUUGUAAAGAAAAACAGAGAUGUGGAGAAAGCUUCUCAAAUGAAAAUCGUAUAAAGCUAAUUGACUGGAUUUAUGAAUCUGAUUAUAGGGAAGUUGCAGAAAUCAAUUGGCAGGAUGUUGCUGUGCAGUUUCCAGAUAAUACCCUAGCUGUUAUCAAGGAUUGGUUUUUCAACAUGUAUUAUUCCAUUCCCACAAAAUUUAAAAGAAGUUUUGAAGACUCAAUAGAGUAUCUACAUAAAACAGUACAGAAAAGGCAUGCAUCAUUGGAAAGGCUAUCCACUGCAGCUGUAUCUGGCGCUUCUAAAUGCAUUAAGGAUCAACAGAAGGAAGAUGACAUUGAAAGUGUGUCUGAUAUGGAAAGUACAGACAUUGAUGAAACUCCUACAUGGGAUGAUGAAAUUGACUCCUCAGAAUGUAGAGGUGAAGGUGAAGAUAUUCAGAAGAGCAAUUCAGAUAGACACACAUCCAGGAAUAUAAAGCUUUAUCAUCAGAGAGUAUGCAAGAAUAAAGAUUCAAAUAAUGACCAUUAUUUGGAUGAAAAUCAAGAAAAACUUCUUAACUGCAUUUGUAAGGGAAAUUACAAGACACUUGGUAACAUUAGUUGGAAGGAAAUUUCAAGACAAUUUCCAGGCACUACCGUCUCAUCUGUCAGUGCAUACUUUUAUAGAAUGUACUGUGCAAUUCCCAGGAGAAUGAGAAGAAACUUCAAUGAAGGCUUAGAGUAUUUGCAGAAAAAUGUGCAUCGCAACAGUGCAGAUCUCUCAGGACCUACCGUUCCUGGGAAGACCAAAUUUUCUGAAGGUGUGGACGACAGGCACCAGAUAAAUGAUGAUUUUGGAUGGACAGAUACAGACAUUGAUAAUCCUCCUGCAUGGGACGAUGAAUUAAGCUGCUCAGAAAGUAGUGAUGAGGAUGAUCUACAAGAGAGUAAUUUAUCUGCUCAUACUGCUGCCAUAAAAUGAUAAUGGGAGGUCUCAAAUCCCAGAAGCAAAAAGUGACAAAUAGACACACAAGGAUUUUCCUACUUCAUUGCUAAUUGUUAAAGAGUGCCAUGAUUUAAGUGAAUGCUUGUACUUACAAAUUUUCUUUAAUGAUUAUGACAAGGUAACAUUUUUCAAAUUCAUGAUGUAUGUCAUAGUUAAUUAUUGAUCAAGAUAUACAUUAGUAAGAGUAGCUGCAAGAUAUAUCCCUGAGUAAGAAUGUGACAACAAGGUAUAUCCCAGAGUAAAAGUAGCUGCAAGAUACACUCCAGAGUAAGAAUGUAACUGCAAAGAUACAUUCUAGAGUAAGAGUGUAACAGCAUGAUACAUCCCAGAGUAAGAGUACAAUAGCAAGAUACAUCCCAGAGACAGAGUGUAACUGCAAGAUACAUCCCAGAGUGAGAGUAACUGCAAGAUACAUACCAGAGUGAGAGUAACUGCAAGAUACAUCCCAGAGUAAGAGUAACUAAGAUGCAUCCCAGAGUGAGAGUAACUGCAAAAGACAUCCCAGAGUGAGAGUAACUGCAAAAGACAUCACAGAGGGAGAGUAACUGCAAGAUGCAUCCCACAGUGAGAGUAACUGCAAAAGACAUCCCAGAGUGAGAGUAACUGCAAGAUACAUCCCAGAGUGAGAGUAACUGUAAGAUACAUCCCAGAGUAAGAGUAACUGCAAGAUAUAUCCCAGAGUGAGAGUAUCUGUAAGAUACAUCCCAGAGUAAGAGUAACUGCAAGAUACAUCCCAGAGUGAGAGUAACUGUAAGAUACAUCCCAGAGUGAGAGUAACUGCAAGAUACAUCCCAGAGUGAGAGUAACUGUAAGAUACAUCCCAGAGUACGAGUAACUGCAAGAUACAUCCCAGAGUGAGAGUAACUGUAAGAUACAUCCCAGAGUAAGAGUAACUAAGAUGCAUCCCAGAGUGAGAGUAACUGCAAAAGACAUCCCAAAGUGAGAGUAACUGUAAGAUACAUCCCAGAGUGAGAGUAACUGCAAGAUACAUCCCAAAGUGAGAGUAACUGUAAGAUACAUGCCAGAGUGAGAGUAAGUAUAAGAUACAUCCCAGAGUGAGAGUAACUGCAAGAUACAUCCCAGAGUAAGAGUAACUAAGAUGCAUCCCAGAGUGAGAGUAACUGCAAAAGACAUCCCAGAGUAAGAGUAACUGCAAGAUACAUCCCGGCGUGAGAGUAACUGCAAGAUACAUCCCAGAGUGAGAGUAAGUGUAAGAUACAUCCCAGAGUGAAAGUGUAAGAUACAUCCCAGAGUGAGAGUAACUGCAAGAUACAUCCCAGAGUAAGAGUAACUAAGAUGCAUCCCAGAGUGAGAGUAACUGCAAAAGACAUCCCAGAGUAAGAGUAACUGCAAGAUACAUCCCAGAGUGAGAGUAACUGCAAGAUACAUCCCAGAGUAAGAGUAACUAAGAUGCAUCCCAGAGUGAGAGUAACUGCAAAAGACAUCCCAGAGUAAGAGUAACUGCAAGAUACAUCCCAGAGUAAGAGUAACUAAGAUGCAUCCCAGAGUGAGAGUAACUGCAAAAGACAUCCCAGAGUGAGAGUAACUUCAAAAGACAUCCCAGAGUGAGAGUAACUGCAAGAUGCAUCCCAGAGUAAGAGUAACUCUGUGUGUGUGAGUGAGUGAGUGAGUGAAGUAUGCUUUGUACUGGCCUCGUAUGUUCUAAUCAUAAAUGAUACAUUCUAUAAAUACAGAAGUGAUCAUGAAGUUUUUAUUUCUAUACAAUAAACCAACCUUCAAGCUAUAAGGACAACCCUCAAACGAAAAAAAAAAAGUUUUUCUUUCUGUGUUCUGCAUGUAAAUAUGCAUUUCAUUAAAAGACAGUUUUGAAGUAUUCUUUUAUGUCAUUUUAUACAAAAUAGGAGGUUGGUCAGAUUUCUUAAUAGUGCAGAAUUCUGCCAUGAGUAUGCCUUGAUACUUUAGUUAUAUCUGUAAAUGUAAGGGUAUCUCCUAAAAUGUGUUAUUAUUACAAUGAUACAGAAUAAAGAGUCAUUUUCAAUAAACAUAUAUAGUUAACUUUAA